GUCGACCUGGUCGGACGUCUGCGAAAUCGCGCCCGGAAAGUUUCGCGUGCUAUAGGCAUCCCGAAGAACUCUGUGAAACAGUGUGCUUGGAUACGAAUUACUUUUGGGCAGUCUACUUCAAUGAGAGGAAAGAGUAGCCUGAAGGUUAUAUUUUUUUAUGUUUGAGCGAUUUUAACGUGCUUAGCUAUCUAUUUUUUGUUUUGUUUGACCAAAGUUUAUCGCGCUACAGAAUGAAGAUAUAAUUGUGAAUAGCAGUGGUGCACGGUUUCUUGUACGUUGGAGUUUCUCACGAGUUAAAAAAGUGUUCUGUUAAUUUUAUCGUACAGAAAACAGAGUUAACAGGUUCUUGGACGAUCACCAACAUCACUUCACCACGAACAAGUACUCUGAUCGGUGAUGGAUUGAAACGCGCAGAAUAAGUGAGUGUUCUAAGUGACAAGAUCAUAAUUAAUCAACUGAGAUUCCUUCCAAAAGUGUAAAUAAAGUUUAUAGUGUUUACAUAAAACCGAUGGAGAGUGUCUCAGUUUACGCGCGAAGUUGAGUAAACAACACGACAAUCCUCCCCAAGAGAGCAUUUCGACGACCUUGAAGGACAUAUUGAUGAUACACUCGGCAGCAAUAAACGUCCGUAGACGCCUUAUUACAUUUCCCAGAUGAGGAUAAAUGCCAUGCCACAUACCACUCACCACUGCUGCUGCUGGCUCUCUCUGCUCCUCUUCCACCUCGUCUACUGCAGCUUCGGUGUGGGAUUGACUUCGUCCACCGGAGGUCCCCAGUUCGGCUCCACUGAGGAAUCGGUGUCGGUGAAAGAGGGCGAAACCGCCAGGCUGCCCUGCCAGGUUUUCCAUCUCAAGGACCGGAAGGUGACGUGGCUGAGGAGACGAGACCUUCACAUUCUCACGACGGGCCAUCACACUUACUCAGCCGAUGAGAGGUUUCAGGUAGUGCACGAAGAGGGUAGUGAUUUGUGGACCUUGGUGGUGCAAUAUGCUCAAUUGAGGGACGCUGGCAUCUACGAGUGUCAGGUCAACUCAGACCCGAAGAUUUCCAGACCCGUGACCUUGAAUGUUUACGGAGCCUCCCAACCCAUCAGCGUCAGCAAGACGAAGGUCUUCGUUGCCAAUAAUACUGCAUCUACCAAAGACGGUGACCUAAGAGUCCAGAUCAAAGGCCCCCGCGAGAUCUUCAUGGAAGAAGGGUCAUCUCUGACCCUGACCUGUCUGGUGACCUCUCUGUACGGACCGUCGACCCUCAUCUACUGGUAUCACGACACCCAGCUCAUGGACUACAAUUCCCCCAGGGGCGGCAUCAAGAUGCAAAUGGACCGCCCGCGGGGCGAGACGACCAGCCGCCUGACGGUGAAGGACGUCAAAGUGGACGACUCCGGGAUGUACUCCUGCGUUCCCUCGGGAUCUCACCCUGCUACAGUUCGGGUGCACAUUCACGAAGGUGAGAACAAGGCAGCCGUCCAGCAAGGGGGCCUGGGCGAGUCCAGCUCUUCCAGCAGAGCGGUUCCAGUCCCUGUUCUACCUCCUAUUUUGCGUUUAUAUUUCGGCCCAGACUCUCGACUGUAGUCUCUUCCAGUUCCAGCGUUAUCUCCGAUCCUUUCUUUUCGUUCUCAUCGGUCUGGACAUCAACAGUCUUCUUCGCCAGCUGGGACUCCUUUCAAAGAGUUUUAUUUGUUUUAUUCUGUACACCCGGCCGUUCGUGGACUUACCUGGCGCAGGUAGAAAAAUUACAAAUAGCGUUCGUGAUUCGGUGUUAGAAGCCUCGGCCGUUUGAUGUUGUCCCGUCGCCUUCGUUUUUUCUAUAUUUUCUUAAAAAAAAAUAAAACAAGAUCCUGUCUGGCGUCAGAUGCUGAACGAUGUGUGCGCUGACGAACUCGAUUUUUGUACUCACGCAGUUCUCUUGUAAAUAUGUAAAUGUUUUUAUUUGCUGAUAACUGUCUGUUUCCCUGUCUCUAUAAACAAUUGCGUUGAAUUUCUUUGGGUUGAGACUCAUUUAUGUAUAUAUAUAUAUAUAUAUAUAUAUAUAUAUAU